AUGUCGUCAAGCAAUGAUGUGUACCAGACUCCUCUCAACUCGCGUUAUGCGAGCAACGAGAUGAAGUAUCUUUUCUCUCCCAGGAACCGGUUCUCGACCUGGAGACAGCUCUGGCUCUGGCUUGCGGAGUCCGAGAAGGAACUCGGCCUUGCCAUUUCCAAUGAGGCUAUCGAGCAGAUGAAGGCUCAUCUUGUGAUCCAGGAUGACGAAUUUAAGGUGGCUGCCGAGGAGGAGAAGCGUCGGAGACACGAUGUCAUGGCCCACGUUCACGCCUUCGGUCAAGUCGCCCCUGCGGCUGCCGGAAUCAUCCACUGGGGUGCUACCUCCUGCUACUGCACCGACAACGCGGAUCUCAUUUUCCUUCGUGACGGAUUGGACAUUCUCAUUCCCAAGCUUGCUGUUGUGAUUGACAAGCUCUCUGCUUUCGCCAAGCAGUACAAGGAUCUGCCUUGCCUGGGCUUUACCCACGGCCAGCCUGCCCAGCUCGUGACUGUUGGAAAGAGAGCUUGCUUGUGGAUUCAGGACUUGCUGAUGGAUCUGCGCAACCUCGAAAGAGCCCGCGAUGAUCUUCGUUUCCGUGGUGUCAAGGGUACCACUGGUACCCAGGCCUCUUUCCUCCAGAUCUUUAAUGGCGACCACAGCAAGGUCGAGCAGCUGGACGAGCUCGUUACCCAGAAGGCCGGCUUCGACUCCGCGUUCAUCAUUUCCAGUCAGACAUACUCGCGUAAGAUCGAUGUCGACGUGGGUAAUGCUCUCGGCUCCUUCGGAUCCACCUGUGAGCGUAUCGGUAUCGAUAUCCGCCACUUGGCUAUGCUUAAGGAAGUUGAGGAGCCUUUUGAGAAGGAUCAGAUUGGCAGCAGUGCUAUGGCUUACAAGCGGAACCCCAUGCGCUCCGAGCGUCUGUGCUCCCUCGGAAGACACCUCCAGAACCUGCCCAAAGAUGCGCUGGACACCUACUCCGCACAGUGGUUCGAGCGCUCGUUGGAUGACAGCGCCAUCCGUCGUAUCAGUAUUCCCGAACUUUACCUCUCGGCUGAUGCCUGCCUCAUCCUUCUCAACAAUGUCACUUCUGGAUUCGUUGUGUACCCCGAAGUUAUCAGACGUCAUGUGAACGAUGAGCUUCCUUUCAUGGCCACUGAGAAUAUCAUUAUGGCCUGCGUCAAGAAGGGACUGUCCCGUCAGGAUGCCCACGAGGAAAUUCGGGUUCUCUCUCACCAGGCCUCGGAUAACGUCAAGAAGCUCGGAAAGGACAACGACCUGAUCGAGCGCGUCCGUCGCACCGCCUUUUUUGCCCCUAUCCUGGACGAGCUCGAUACCCUCCUCGACCCCAGCACCUUCGUCGGCCGUGCGCCCCAGCAGGUUGAGAAAUUCACCUCGACCGAGGUCAAGAAGGCUCUCCAGCCCUACGAGCAGCAUCUCCUCAAGGCCGAGACCUCAGACCUCCACGUCUAG